GAACACCAGGACGACGAGAAGAGUCUACCAUACUAAGCAAAGGAGAAGUUCGAGGCCCUAACAGAAAGAUAGGGCAUCGACACUGGCCGCUAGAUAGUGACGGUACAUAUUAGCUGCAGGCUCCAUGAGCUGACCGUUGAAUGUUUCGAUCCUGGUCCGGAUGACGCACUCCGGUAGGGACCGAAAGAGCUGUGAUGGGGAGUUACUCGCGGGACUAGGUCAGAUUGCGAAGCGCGACCCAGAGCUCAUGAUUCAAACGCACUUUGACGAGGCGAGGCAGGAAGUUGAGCCAACAAUGCAGUUGUUUCCAGAGUUCAAUAAUGAGGCAGAUCUAUACGAACACUAUGGUCUCUUCAACGAUCGAUGCAUUUUGGCUCACUGCAUAUAUCCAAAUGAGUAUGAGAUUGGGCGUAUGAAGGCGUGCAAUGUUGGUAUUGCUCACUGCCCAGUUAGUAACACAACUGCUGGAGAAUGGGGAGCAGCCCCAGUCAAGCAGUACCUGGAUCUCGGUAUUAAGGUUGGCUUGGGCACAGAUUCCGGAGGUGGAUUCAGCAGCAGUAUCUUGGAAGCCAUGAGACAAGCCAUCAUUACUAGCAACGCUAGACAGCGCAUGACCGACGGUAAAGACAAGGAGCUCACAAGGGAAGAGAUAUUCUAUCUCGCCACUCUUGGUGGAGCAGAGGUGUGCUGUCUUGAUCAUAAAGUUGGCUCAUUCGCACCUGGAUCCCUGUGUUUUAACCCAUAA